AUGGCGUCUUUUGUUUUUGAAGAGCCAUCAACAUGGACCACCAAUGACAAUGGACGGCCGUCUCCUCUUACGAACAGACGCGAGAGACGAGCAACAAUAAGAAACCCGUUUAGGUUUUAUCAACAUUUUAAAAUCUUCGGACAUUUUUCUUUCUGUUCAUUCUUCUUUUUCUUCCCUUCCUUUUCCUUUCUUUCUCUUCUUUUUUCUUUCUCUUCUUUUUUCUUUCUCUUCUUUUUUCUUUUCUUUUUCUUUUUUCUCUUCUUUUUUUUCUUAUUAUUCUGCAGCUUCUUUUUCAUCCUUGUCUUCCUAUUCUACCCUCUCUACUUUUCUUCCUUCUCUUCUUUUUCUUCCUCUUGCUCUUCUUUGAUUUCAUAUUUUCUUUUUCUUUUCUUCUUUUUCUUUUCUUCUUUUUCUUUUCUUCUUUUUCUUUUCUUCUUUUUCUUCUUCUACUUCUGUUCUCUUUCUUUACUUUUCACUUCUCUUUUUCACGUUAUUUUUCUUUCUUCUUCUUCAUUUUUUUUUUUAAAUUUGUUCGUUCUUUUUCUUGUCUUCUUUUUCUUUUUCAUCGCUAUACAUACUCUUGGUCUAUCGCUUCUCUAUUUUCUUUCUUUCUUUUUCUUCCCUUUAGUUUUAUCCUUUUUUCUUCUUACUCUCCUGUUUUCUUUUUCAUUUGAUUCAUUUCCUUCCCUUUUUUCAUCUUCUAUUCUUUUUCUCUUCAUUUUUUUUAUUUUUUAUUCCUUUUUUCACUGGAUUUCUUUUUCCUCAUUAUAUUUACCCGUCUUGCUGACGUCGUCUUUUUUUUCCUCUGCUCAUCUUCUUUUUUCUUCCUCCUCCCCUUUCUUCUUCUUCUUUCUGCUCUUGUCAUCUCCUCCUCCUCCUCAUAUUCCCUCCUCCUCCUCCUCUCUUAUAUUCCCUCCUCCUCCUCCUCUCUUAUAUUCCCUCCUCCUCCUCCUCUAUUAA